CCGGAGGAAUCAUAAUAUUAUUCCCGUGUAAAGGGCUCCGUCUGGCCGUCGAGGGUUUUAGGGUUUUACCAAAAUUCAAGAAAAUCAGUAAUGGGGAGAUACAGAAGUAGAAGCAGGAGUUGCAGUCCUCGUCGAAGGAAACGAUAUGAUGAUCCUCAAGAUAGACGCCGUGAUCAUCGAGAUAGUAGAUCAUAUAGAGGCGGAGGAGAUAGAAGAUCAUCAUCUGGCCCAACUGGAUUACUUGUUCGCAACAUCUCUCUUGAUGCAAGGGUUGAGGAUCUUAGAGUUCCAUUUGAAAGGUUUGGUCCAGUGAAGGAUGUUUAUCUUCCUAAGAAUUACUACACUGGUGAGCCACGGGGCUUUGGAUUUGUGAAGUUUCAUGACACGGAAGAUGCUGCUGAAGCAAAGGAACAGAUGGACCAUCAAGUAAUUGGUGGGCGUGAGAUUAGAAUUGUUUUUGCUGAAGAAAACAGAAAGACUCCACAAGAAAUGCGCAUAACUUCACGAGCGAGUAGUGACCGAUAUGGAGGAGGACGUAGGAGGAGGAGUCCACCUAGAUCCCCAAGACGUCGACAUCGCCCCUAUUCACGAUCACCUACACCAGCCAGGCGUAGCUCAAGGUAUUCUAGAUCACCUUCACCAGCCAGGCGCAGUUCAAGGCAUUCAAGAUCACCUUCACCAGCCAGGCGCAGUUCAAGGUAUUCAAGAUCACCUUCACCAGCCAAGCGCAGUUCAAGGUAUUCAAGAUCACCUUCACCAGCCAGGCGCAGUUCAAGGUAUUCAAGAUCACCUUCACCAGCCAGGUGCAGUUCAAGGUAUUCAAGAUCACCUUCACCAGCCAGGCGCAGUUCACCCGCACCUUCACCAGCCAGGCGCAGUUCACCCGCACCUUCACCAGCCAGGCGCAGUUCACCCUCAGCUUCACCAGCCAGGCGCAGUUCACCCUCACCUUCACCAGCCAGGCGCAGUUCACCCUCACCUUCACCAGCCAGGCGCAGUUCACCCUCACCUUCACCAGCCAGGCGCAGUUCACCCUCACCUUCACCAAUCAGGCAUGACUCUGUGAAUUCGCCCUCGCCUUCACCAGCCAAGCAUGAUUCUAGGAAUUCGACCUUGCCAUCACUAGCCAAGGAUGACUCAAGGUAUUCACGGUCGCCUUCACCCGUCAAGCAUGGCUCGAGCCGUUCACAACCGUCUUCACCAGUCAGAUUAUAAAGUGAAAAGAGAUACAUAAAGAAUACCUGGAUUAGUAAAGACUAGAGACUAAAGACUAAAGAGACUAUACAGAUUAAAGACUAAAGUCUAAAGAGACUAUACCGUAUCUGAUUUCUUGCUUGAUGAUGAGUGCUUGAUCAUUUGUAUAAUUAUCCCAUCAAUUUUUAAUUGUUAGUUUGUUAUUUUGUACAGAUUUAAUUGUCGUGUGGUUUUGCAGAAUUUAGUGUCGGAGGCUCAGUGAACUGUACAAGUGAAUUUGCCGUAUAAGUUGGUCAAAAUCAGACUUUGUCAAGAGCACCUCUUUGUUGCACACAUUGCGAGAGCGACACAUCAAAAUCAAGAUGAUAUCAUGUCUACUUUUUUUUUUUGAAAGGAUCGUCUCUCUUGAUCAAUUCUAUUCUCCCAAAGAUAGAAAAUAUUUGAUGACUUCAAGAAGUUAUGACUUUGUAAUCAAUCUAAAUCUGCUUCAGAGUGUGUAGUCAUUAAACAUAGAAUAUUACUAUAUGACCAGUGAUUUUGAUUUAUUUGUGGCUUUGAAAUGCAACUUGCAACUGUUAUUCUCAUGCAGUUUGAAAUCAGGUUUAUAGUGUUC